AUGUUGGUGUUGGAAAAAGGUCGGGAUGAGGGUCCCAGCUAUGUGUCCCCGUUGACCCCGGCCGACCUGAGAAAGGGCUACUCAGCCCCCUACCCUUUCCAGACGACUACUACCAGUGUGACAGAGACGUCAACUCCCGUCUUGGUCCAGGGAAUCGACAUCUCUUCUUUCCAUGACAUUGAACAACUCAAGUCUCUGCUGAACAAAUGCCAGGAAUACGAGGACCGUCGACUGGUCCGCGAAAGAAUCCGCACUCUCAGCAAGAAGACAGGGACGAGCGAACUCCAUCAUCACCACCACCAUCACCAUCAUCCAGAGCGAGUGGGAUCCUCGCCGGUGCGGGUGGUGAAGUCUCCCCUGGACAGCAACCGGCAACCGUUUCAGAGCAGCCAAGGUGAGUCCACGCCGCUGACCCCACUCAUCUGCGACCAGCUCCGCUUCUCGCUUCAAGAGGCACUGCUUCGCAAGGGCGGUGGCAAUACCAUCACCUUCCCUCUCCCUAACCUGGGGAAUCCUAACGCUUCGGGUGCUGAGGAAAGCCUCUUCGAUUCGGGGACCGAGUCUGGCGAUGAUCCGGGCUCGGACCGCGGUGAAGAACUCUCCCAUUUCAUGGAAGGGAUUCAGGAAUCCCUUUGCCAGUCUGACAGAACUUUAGACACUGGAAUCCUGAACGACGUGGAGCAUGUCCUUAAUCGGCUAAAGUUUUCGUUGAGGUCUGCCAUGACGGAAGCGGAUUCGGCUCACGCCGAUCAGUUCAACCUGGUCACAAAGGACGGUCCAACGAGUGAAAAGUGGACUCUGAGCACGGAACAAGGGAGUGAACUACUUGCCUUGAUUGACCGAUUGCAGGGAUCAUUGGAGACGAUGUGUCAAAGACCAACAGCGCAACCAGAUAUUGUCCCGUCAUCGUCACAGACCUCGAUGGACUCUGACUGCCUGGUGACAACUGGACGAUUGACGUUCCCAGUCGGUCCUGAAGCGAUGAACGUACAUGGGAGAGGGGAUUCUUCUAACUUGGGUAUAAACUCACCUGGUGAAGGAACUAAUAACUCUAACCAGAAAAAUUUGCCACCGUGGAAGAUUCGGGUGGCACGUCGUCGCGCGAUGGCACGUUCUCACACCCUCGGUGGUGACGGAGAAGAGGAGCUCUCUGCCGUGCAGUCUGUUUUGCAGACUCAAACUUCUUCAAAAAACCCCCCGCCCUGGAACUCUUUCUCCACGACCUGCAACCCAAAGCCAUUCCGGCGAGUCAACCUCAGCGAUUCCAUCCCUCACUCAAAAUCCCUGGACAGUGUGUUUUCCAAACUUCAAAUUUGGCAGUUACCAGAUGGGAAGACUGGAAUCGACGUUGACGAAGAUUAUGGACAAUCGGCCAUAUCUAAACUUUAUCCACCCGUGAAAUCGUCCUCGAUCGAUCUCCAUAGGCAGCAGUCAGACCAGAAACGGGCCAGCCUUCAGUUGAGACGUCAAAACUCGUUUGACUCGGGGGACGAGGCAGAUCGCUCUAAAGAUACAACUGGAGACGAACUGGACUACGAAAUGCCGGAUCUAAUUCCCCAUAGCUUGAAAAAGGGCUCCAAUGAUACCUUCAAAGCUUUCGGCAUGAAUAAGGCCGAGGCAGAGAAGCCAACUCUGAUGCCAACCGUGGUCGAUCCGAGCGAGAUGCUCUUUACACCAGAGCAGACCGUAAAAAUCGCCAUUCAUAAAGCCGCCAUUAAUAAGCAAUUGUCAGUAGAUGAGAGUUCUAAAUCGAUGGAUGAACCAGAGCAUGUUAGUCAGGAAGAGAAAGCAUCCGGUUAUUCAACCGUAUCCCAAGACCUAUCAGAUAAGCGUUCUCAGUUUCUGUUGUCCCAGCUCUCUGAUGCUGAUAUGCGGCUUGGUUCCCAGUUUUCAGAGAAAACAGACACUCAAUCCGGCAAGCCCCCGUUCCUAAGUAAGAUGGAGAACAAGAAAAAAGCAAGACGGUCUCAAACUGCUGUAGUGCAGCGGCAGCACUUAGACAGUGACGACGCUCGUCGUGAAGAUGUGCGAUCUGAUGCAGAGGACAAUCACCCAGUCAAAUUCACUCCUAAGACCACCGGUGAUGCCAAAUUUGCCAGUUUCCUCAAGAGGUCUGGGCAGGCUGAAGAGCGAGUCAUCUCAAAACCUGCUUACUUGGCUUCUGCAGAGAAAGACCGGAAUUGGAAAAACAGGUAUUCUAAUCUCAAGCAUGCCUUUGAGGGUCCCCAAGAUACAGAAUCCAUGUCUCGAGCCUCGGCUUCGGUCCCGCCUUCUCCGACAGUUCAUAAGAACAUGUGGGUUAGUUCUGAGAAGAAGGCCGAGCCCCUGGUGCAAUCGAAAAGCGCGCGCCAUGAAGAGGUGGAGCACUCAACAGUGGGGAGUCAAACUAAGAAGAUGACUGAAAAACUGCUAGCAGAAGCCGAAGCACAAAAAGUUGUCAUGCCAGUGAAGAAACAAAGUACUAGCAAGUGGCCUCCAGUUUUUUCUAAACCUGAACCUGCUGUGCAGCCCACACGUUCCAGUUCUGUGCCACCUGUAUCAUUCAAUCGACCUCUUGCAAUAUCUGCUGAAGACAAAAAACCUGAACCUGUUGAAAGUAACAAAUCCUGGCGUCCUCAAAACGUGCCUUAUACUCCAACAUCUAUUGUUGCAAAGCGAUGCGAAAAAAUCAAUUCCGGCUCCAGGGCUGAGACCAGCCCCACUCCACCCAAGACUCCCUGGAAUUCCCAGAGCCUAGUGGCUGCCAGGGUUAAGUUUCCUAGUCAAUCCAACAUAAGUAAUGUGAAACCAGUCUUCCUGCAAUCUAGUCAUCCCGAAACACGAGCUGUGAAGGAUUUCAGUGCUAUGAUCUCAUCGUCCUCGCAGCCUCCUUCACCAGCUCCCAUCAAGAAGUUUCAGCCUGCGCAAGCCUUUGACUCAUAUCGACCUCAGAGUGUUCAAAUGCAGCCUCAACCGUGGUCAACACGUGACUUAGAACCUGGUACCCAAACACACACUAAACCACAGUCCACAACUCACGGUGAACCUUUGAUUAAAGCACAAGGGAAGUCCAUCUAUGACCAUGGACUCGCACCUCAAGUUCAGCCACGCCUUGCGCACCGCCAGGAACCCUCUCAGUCACACUCUUAUCACAAUGAACCUCUACGAACACUGCCACAUCCAUAUCAUCAUGAGAAUCAACCUCGAACACAGCCACAUCCUCCCUAUCAUGAGCAUCAGCGUCAAACACAACCCUUGCCCAGUUAUCAUGAGACUCAACCUCGAAGACAAUCUCAGCCCACCUAUCACAAUGAUAAUCAACAUCGAGCACAGUCACAUCUCACCCAUCAUGACUAUCAACGUCAAACACAACCUCUGGCCAGUCAUCAGCAUGAGACUCAACCUCGAACACAGCCCACCUAUCACAAUGAUAAUCAACAUCGAGCACAACCACAUCUCGCCCAUCAUGACUAUCAACGUCAAACACAACCUCUGGCCAGUUAUCAGCAUGAGAAUCAACCUCGAAUACAGCCUAACAAUCGCAAUGAGGCUGCAGCUCUAGAGGACUCCAUGCAUCAGCAGGAGUCUUCAACUCAACAGCAAUCAAGUGCAGCGAGUACUCCUUGCAGUGAAAUGUCGUUCGAUGCCGAGCUCCCGCCACCAGUCGUUAGGAUAGCCGGGCAAGACAAGAAAUACGGAGCCGUUUCUCACAACCCCGUCGAUAGCUCUCGAGUUCCAGGGAUGCUUCUGCAGAACUCCAUGCUGGGCAAACCCGGUCCUGGUGUAGCACAUGGUUCGAGCUGUUCGGACAAGGCUGUCUCACCUCUGAACUCAUCGGUAUCUAGAAAACCAGGUCCUGUUUCAGUAUCGAGUACUGCAACCGCUGGUAUCCCAAACUAUGGUCCUGGCCAGCACUCUCCUUUCUCAGUGAAAACACAGGUUCAAAACUCUGCAAGUCCCCGGAAAUCGGUUCCCAGUCCCGUCGUGGUCAAGUCCGACCCCAGUAUUGUAUCGAAUAUCAACCGCAGUCCGAACCAAUCCCAAAAAGUCGUUCGGCAAGACAAACCUUCAUUCGAGUCGAAUGUGCCGGCACCGCAGGACCGGGGAGUUCCUUCCCCCCGGAGGACCACUCUCAGUGGAACCAAGUCUCAGUCUUUGGAACUGGUUCAGCGGGUUCAGGAGACCCGAAAGCAACAGGAAGUACCAGAUACGUCCAGGAAUCGGUCGGUCGGGAAGUUGACUCGACCACAGAGCCUCCUGAUUCCGGAUGAGUCUUCCCGGUCCCGGUCCCGGUCCCGGUCACCGAAGUCGCCGGCCUACAUCCCGCCUCGUCAGUUUGAGGCACGGCUGGACUCUGAGACUGUGAUCAGCAAGAGGCAAGCGGUUGAAGCCUUCUUCAGCGGUCAGCAGUUGCAGAAAUCAAGCUCUCAACCGCUGGUCCGUCUUCAGAGGCAGGACACAGUGGAAAGAGAAUUUGAAGAAUUGGUUCAAGAAGCAGACGAAAAGGCCUCGAUUUGGCAGAGCCGGUCUCUGGACACUGGUACAAGUACUCAUCAUGCGCAUAUAGUCCGCAAGUGGCUCCAGGACAAUUUCUCCUCCUCUGGCAAUGCCACCACCACCGCUACCAGUACCAGUACCACUACCACUACCAGUACCAGUACCAGUAGCAGUACCCCCUGUACGAAGCCCCUCGUAGUGGAACGAUGCCCCUCUAUGGAAAAAGGAAGAUUGGUUGAAGAAGCCAGUCAGAAGGAAGGGAUCGCCAGUCUUCGUCUUUACGUAACACCGACGGGAGAUGGAGAUAACUGCCUCGCCCUCUUCCCGGACCGAAAAGACAUCCACCGAAAUAGUGAAGACGACACAGAUGGGUCCGAUGACAUCAUCGGUGGAAAGCAAGGCUUCUUCAAAGGUGAUCGAGAGGGGGGAGUCUUCGUCGAAGAUGAUGGAGAGCAAAUCUUCUUCCGUCGAGAUCAAGUCUUCUUCUGA